UGUUCUGGAUGUCCAAAUGCCCUCAAUGGAACAUAUAAAUGUGAUUGCAAGGGGCUCAAAGGAAGAACAGGAGCUGAAGGUAUUAUGGGAUUUCCAGCUACACAGGGUGAUUAUGGAGACAUUGGUCCUCCUGGUCCUAAAGGAUCAAAAGGAGAGAAAGGCGCUGAAGGGGAAUUUGGGUCGAGAGGAGAGAAAGGUCCUAGGGGUGACGACGGAUUCAGAGGGAUGACGGGAAUUGCGGGACGUCCAGGAGAACCUGGUGAAUCAGGUGUUAGAGGCCCAGCGGGACUUGAUGGUUGCAACGGGACUGAUGGAUUACACGGAGUUCAAGGACAACCUGGACGACAAGGAAUUCGGGGACUUCCUGGACCAGAGGGGCUUCAGGGACCCAGAGGAGAACCUGGUGAUGGAGGAGGUAACUCACUAGGAGUGAAGGGAGAAAUGGGUGUUCCGGGAUAUGAUGGAGCUCCGGGAAUACCUGGUCUUCAAGGACCUAGAGGUUCUAUUGGAUAUAGAGGUCCUCCUGGUGACCAGGGUAUUAUUGGUGAAGCUGGGCCUAUGGGACCUCCAGGGGAACAGGGAGAUGAAAGACGUGGUCCUCCAGGACCUCAAGGUGAUGAAGGAGAUCAGGGUCCACAAGGUGAAAAGGGCGAAGGAUUUUCAAAUGACACCUUAAUCAUAAUUCCUACAUAUACUAACUUGAAAGGACAACCUGGAGAAAAAGGAGCGAAAGGAGAGAUGGGUGACAUUGGAUUGAAGGGAUAUACUGGAGAGAGAGGUCCACCAGGAAUCCCUGGUCUGAAGGGCUCCAAAGGAUACAAGGGUGAUCUUGGUGUAGAUGGUCCUUUUGGAAAACAAGGCAAAGAAGGUCCUUUAGGACCUAGUGGUGAAAAAGGAGAUAAAGGAGCUCCGGGCUAUGCAGGGGAAGACGGUUUAGACGGAGCUAAGGGUGAAAUUGGAGAACCUGGGAGACCUGGAACUCCGGGUAUUCAAGGUAGAGAAGGACCUCCGGGAGUUUAUGACCCCACCUACGACGAAGCCGGUAAAGAAGGUAAUAUUGGAAGACAAGGUCCAGAUGGACCCAGAGGUGAUCGAGGAAUGGCUGGAAUUCCCGGAAAACCAGGCUCACCAGGGCCAGUUGGUGAAGCUGGUAAACCUGGACCACAAGGCCGACCAGGGUUGCCCGGUUUAAAGGGUAUAUCAGUGAAAGGAGAAAGAGGUCAAGAUGGAUUUUCUGGAUUACAAGGACGAAGGGGCCCACCCGGACCACCGGGAGAACCUGGACUAAUGGGAGAAAAAGGAUUCAAAGGUGAACUCGUCUAUGGUCCUCCUGGUCCGUCUGGAAUUCCAGGAGUUCCAGGUUAUGAUGGACCUCCGGGAGAAAGAGGAGAUUCCGGAGACCCAGGUCCAAAAGGAUUUCCAGGCGUGGGUCAGCCAAUAAGAGGCCCUCCUGGCGAUCCAGGAGUUCGAGGAUUACCUGGUUUUCCAGGAGAUAUUGGAUACCCAGGAAGAGAUGGAUUCCCAGGUCUGAAAGGAAAACGAGGAGAUGAUUGUGGUGUAUGCCAACCAGGACGACCUGGUGACAAGGGGGACAAAGGAGACUCUGGAAGAAACGGACGUCCUGGAAAUGUUGGUUAUCAAGGUUUACCGGGAGCGCGAGGACCACCAGGUCUAGAUGGUAAACCUGGACCAGUAGGUGAACCUGGUUUGGAUGGAACACCUGGAACAGAUGGUAUAGAGGGACCUCCCGGACCUGAAGGACCUCCUGGAUUACUGACCUACCCAUCUAUAAAAGAAAUAAAACCCGAUCCUGCCGACGAAGGUGACAGCGGAUUCUCAGGACCAACUGGUCCAGAAGGAGCUCCAGGUCCUAAAGGUAUUAUUGGAGAUUAUGGAUUCAUGGGGUUGAAAGGAGAAAGGGGAGAGGACGGUCGACCAGGAAUACCCGGAAGUGAUGGUAUCCCUGGAACUCCAGGAUAUCCUGGAGAAAAGGGAGAGCCCGCCGAUAUUCCCAAAGAACUACUACGAGGCGACAGAGGAUUCAGAGGACCACGUGGUGAGCCAGGCGAACCUGGAUUGAAGGGUGCAAAAGGUGAGAUAGGACCAAUAAUAGGAAUGUUGAUAGACAAAACAGGAAGUAAAGGGAAAAAAGGAGAGUUCGGAGACCAAGGAUUUGACGGAAGGAGAGGUCCAAAAGGUUUCAAAGGUUUCGCAGGUUGGCCAGGACCACCUGGUCUUCCUGGAAAUCAAGGAAUAACAUAUGAGGGACCUAUGGGAUUCAAAGGAUUUCCAGGGAUACCUGGGGACGAAGGACCAAGAGGAUCGCCAGGACAGCCCGGAAAACCUGGAUUUGACGGAAUCCCAGGAGUUCAAGGUCCAAAAGGUGAACGUGGAGAUUAUGGAUUGGCCAUUCUGAAUGGUGAAAUCGGAUUACCAGGUCCAGUUGGACCCAAAGGUGAACCCGGAGACUUCGGACCAGAUGGACGACCUGGAAUUCCGGGUUGGCCAGGAAUAAAGGGUGAGAAAGGUCCAAAAGGAGCUCCUGGAUUCUUUGGCGUAACUGGAUUACCAGGAGCCAAAGGUCCAAGAGGAAUAAUUAGGCCUGGACCACCUGGUAGGCCAGGAUUAACGGGACAACCAGGAUAUCCCGGACAGUUCGGUGAAAUUGGUCAAAAAGGAGAUGACGGGCUCCCAGGACCCAUGGGUUUACCAGGUGCUAAAGGAGAACCGGGACAAGAAGGGUUGAGAGGUCCACAAGGAGAUGAAGGACCGGUAGGAUAUGAAGGUCAUAGAGGAAAAUCCGGCACAGCUGGAGUGCCAGGACCACAAGGCGAAAGGGGAGAUCUUGGAUUCCCAGGUGAACGUGGUCCACCUGGUCCAAAGGGAUUGCUAGGAUCUCCAGGUCGAAAGGGUCCAAAGGGAGAUGCUGGUUUCCAAGGAGCAGACGGUUUUCCUGGUGAACCAGGCUUUGAUGGACUAAUAGGAGAUAACGGAUUACCUGGUCUACCGGGAGAAAAGGGUGACUCAGCGAUCAGUGGUGAAAAGGGAGAUCAAGGUGAACCUGGUUUAGUUGGAUUCCCCGGUUUUGAUGGUAGACCGGGAGAACCCGGUCUAGCUGGAUUGCCAGGAGAGCCUGGAAUAGAUGUUGUUGGUCCUCCAGGUUUGAAAGGAGAAAGGGGAGAAGCUGGUUUAGACGGAUUAGAUGGCAUCCCUGGUCUUGUAGGUGACAAGGGUGACUAUGGUUUACAAGGUUUCCGAGGACAAACUGGAGAGAAUGGUACAGCUGGAUAUCCUGGUUCACCAGGCUCAAAUGGCUUGUUUGGAAUAAAAGGAGAAAGGGGAGAUUUCGGUAUACCGGGACUUAAUGGUUCAGUGGGAGAACGUGGAAUCGAGGGAGAGCCUGGCUUAAUGGGAAGACCGGGUUUACCGGGUGACGAUGGUUUUCCUGGGUUGCCAGGUUUGAAAGGAGUUAAAGGUCCAAAGGGUAAUCAAGGACUUCCUGGAAUCGCUCCUUACGGGCGUGCAGAAAAAGGAAACAUGGGAGAUAUUGGUAUGCAUGGGUUGCAAGGUCUGAAAGGAAUAAGAGGUGAUGUUGGAUAUCCAGGAAUACGAGGAUCUCGCGGACAACGAGGUGAUACCGGAUUUCCAGGCCUCACUGGCGAACCUGGAUUUCCUGGCUUGAAUGGGCUUAGGGGAGAUACUGGUCCUCAAGGACUACGAGGUUUACCUGGACAAAAUCCAGAACAAGGUGAACAAGGGGAGCCAGGAUUUGACGGUAAACCAGGUCAACCUGGUCGACCUGGUCAAAAAGGAGCUCCGGGUGAAUUUGGUUUCGAUGGUCCCAUAGGACGUGCGGGAAUUCCAGGACUUGGUAUGCCAGGAGUAAAAGGAAUGAGAGGUAAUGAUGGUGCUGUCGGCUUGCCUGGUAGGCAAGGAUCACAAGGUGAACCUGGAUUUGAUGGAAGGGAAGGGCGUCCUGGAUUGAAGGGACAAACAGGUGAUUACGGUUUUCCAUCAUUCAGUGCUAAAGGUGCAACCGGUGAUAUCGGGUUCCAAGGAGCACCUGGAAUCAAUGGUACGAAAGGAGAGCGUGGUGAACCGGGGUUGAAUGGCUUGCCAGGAGAACCAGGGCCUCAAGGUUUUAAAGGUUUCCCAGGAGACUUUGGGCGAGAUGGUAUUCCCGGAAGAUCAGGUGCGAAAGGUCAUAAGGGUGAAAGGGGGGAUUACGCCGCUGAUGCGUUACCGGGUGAAACUGGUGAUGUUGGUUUGCCUGGAUUUGAUGGACCACCAGGACUACCGGGUCUAUCCGGACUGCAAGGGCUUGCAGGAAUGAAGGGAGAAAAGGGAAACAUUGGGGAUAUAGGAGUAGCUGGGCUUCCAGGUUUCACAGGGCCUAAAGGAUCGCAAGGAAUGCAAGGAUUUGAAGGAUUCGUAGGUGCUAAAGGUUAUCGAGGUCCUAUUGGAAUAAGAGGAGAUCCAGCUCCACAAUACAGUGGACCAAGUAGCAGAGGUUUUUAUUUCACUCGACACUCUCAGUCAGAAAUUGUACCGGUUUGUCCGAAAGACACCAUCCUGAUGUGGGAGGGAUAUUCUUUGCUGCACAUAAUGGGAAAUGAAAAAUCACAUGGACAAGAUUUAGGUGCACCUGGAAGUUGCUUGAGGAGGUUCAAUACUAUGCCAUUUUUGCUUUGUAACAUCAAUGAUGUUUGUGACUAUGCUCAAAGUAACGAAUAUAGUUACUGGUUAUCCACCACCGAACCUAUGCCUAUGACAAUGACUCCAAUUGAUGCUCAAAACUUACAGAGAUACAUUUCAAGGUGUUCUGUUUGCGAAGCCCCGACCAGAGUUAUUGCAAUUCAUAGCCAGACAAUAACAAUUCCAGAGUGUCCAAAUGGAUGGGAAGAACUUUGGGUUGGAUACAGUUUCCUCAUGCAUACAGAUUCGGGAGCAGAAGGAUCUGGUCAAUCGCUGGUUUCUCCUGGUUCUUGUCUGGAAGAAUUCAGACCUAAGCCAUUCAUCGAAUGCCAAGGGCAUGGAAGGUGCAAUUAUUACACCACCGCAGUUUCCUACUGGUUAGCAACUAUUGAAGACUACGCAAUGUUCAGAAAACCGAGACCAGAAACAUUGAAGGCAGGUUUCCUCACUCAGAAGAUCAGUCGCUGCUCCGUCUGCAUAAGAAGGUCUUCCAGAAGACGACCCCCAACAGUACCAAGUGAAAUAAACCGCCGCCCUGCACCAUACAGACCUAAUCCCCGAGCACCACCAUUGUAUAGGCCACCGUCUAGUCGUCCGUCGCCGCCGGGACCCAUUUAUAGAAAUUUACCUUACAGAACUCGAACAGGCUAUCGCAGAAGGAGGCCUAAUGCUUACAGGGCAAAAUCGUACGAUUCUUUAAAUCACUGACGUGUUGGAUGAGACGCUCAGGAAUAUGUGUAAUUAAAUGUGUACAGUUUUCAACAAAUAACUAUUAAGGAGAGAUAUGAUUUUAGUAUUUUUGUAUUUUCUGAAAAAUAUAAUUAUGAAAAAUUAAGUUCUAGAGUCAAACACCUCCUUGAGGAAUACGGAAAUCCUAAAAUUCUGUUGAAAUAAAUAUUAGGAAACGUAUCAAGCAACAGAAAAAUUACUGGAUAAAAUUGGACAAAUAGGUGACCAUAUGAAAAUAUGAUGACCACUCAUACUUGGGUUUGUACCUUUGUUCGAGCUUUCAUAUAAUAUGAAUUCAGAUGUAUGCUUUUUAAAUGUUUGACUCGUUGAUUUAACAAAUAUUAUUGAAAGUAAUACUGCUUAAAGUAUCUAAUAUUUUGAAAUUGAUUUUAUACUGGUGCUAAUAUUUAGAAUCAAACCUUUCAUGUUUUCGAUAUUGUGAUCCGAUUCUGUGUUUCAUAGAUUAAGCACUGCCAAAAUAGUUCUAUUUUAUUAUUGUUAAUUCGAACGACUAAUUAAAAAUUCAUAAGUGA